AUGAGCGAAGAUACGGAGUCAAUCAAAGUAUUUUGCCGGUUCCGACCACUGAACGAAGCCGAAGAAAGGACCGGUUCGAAAUUCAUUGCUAAGUUUCCUCCCGCUGCCGAGGAUUGUGUUAACAUCGGGGGCAAGAUUUACAUCUUCGAUAAAGUAUUCAAGCCAAAUGUUUCCCAGGAAGAUAUUUAUAUGGCGUCAGCGUAUCCGAUCGUGAAGGAUGUCUUAAGCGGCUACAACGGGACAAUUUUUGCCUAUGGACAAACGUCAAGCGGUAAAACGUUUACGAUGGAGGGCGUCUUCGGUGAUCCGGCUUUUCAAGGCAUCAUUCCACUUACGAAAACCAAUUUGUCCGUUCAUGAAGACAAAAAUCGGGUGCCGUACGUGAAGGGUUGUACGGAGAGGUUCGUCUCCAGUCCUGAGGAAGUGAUUGUCACCAUCGAAGAAGGAAAGGCGAACCGACACAUCGCUGUUACAAACAUGAAUGAACACAGUUCCCGAAGUCACAGCGUUUUCUUAAUAAAUAUUAGACAAGAAAAUUCCCUUACUCAGAAGAAGCUUUCUGGCAAACUGUAUCUCGUGGAUUUGGCCGGUAGCGAAAAGGUCAGCAAGACCGGCGCUGAAGGUACGAUUCUAGACGAAGCGAAGAACAUUAACAAGUCUCUGUCCGCUUUGGGCAACGUCAUUUCAGCAUUAGCCGAAGGAACGAAAAGUCAUGUUCCAUACCGCGACAGCAAACUGACCAGGAUCUUACAAGAGUCGCUCGGAGGCAAUGCUCGGACGACGAUCAUCAUCUGCUGUUCCCCAGCUUCGUUUAACGAGGGGGAAACGAAAUCGACGCUGUUGUUUGGCGCCAGAGCAAAGACCAUCAAGAACGUUGUGCAGGUGAACGAGGAACUGACAGCGGAGGAAUGGAAAAGACGCUACGGACGCGAGCAUGACAAAGUGUUAAAACUCAGAUCACAACUGGCAGCGGUACAGAAGGAGUUGGAGAGGUGGCGGCAAGGUGAAACUGUACCAGAAAACGAACUGGUUUGCUUGUCAGAGGUGAGCGAGAGCUUGGCACCUUCUGCGACGGAGUCGAUGAUCGCCGAGUCAACGGUGUCUUUCCCAGCAUUGCCAGCAGCCAACGUCGUCAACGUUAGUCAGUCGUUGGUUGACGACGAGCGUUCGAAAUAUGAGGAGGAACGCGCGCGGCUCUACCAGCAGCUUGACGAAAAGGAUGACGAAAUUCAGCAGCAUUCACUGAUCGCUGAACGUCUGAAGCAACAGCUGGCCGAACAAGAAGACCUGAUCAAACAGACGAAGAGCGACUAUGAGAUCUUGCAGGCGGAAAUGUCUCGCAUCCAACUCGAGAAUGAGGCGGCGAAAGACGAAGUGAAGGAGGUGCUUCAAGCACUUGAGGAACUGGCGCUCAACUAUGAUCAAAAGUCGCUUGAGGUCGAUAUGAAGUGCAAAGAGAAUGAAACUCUUGCCGACGAACUUGGCCGCAAAUUGUCGUCGCUGAACGAAAUCCAAGGUGAACUGCAGCAGAUGAAAGAUGGGACCUCGCUGCACAAUAGGCGCAUUCAAGAAAUGCUGAACAACAUCGUUCGCGAGCUGUUCGAAGUCGGUUCGAUCGCCGGUGGAAAUAUUGCAGAUGUAAAGUUGUAUAUUCACAAAGUUCCUGAUUGA